UGCUGUGCGAUGCUCAUAUGGAGACUGUAUAAAUAACACUGUGAUGGCUCUGUGGAUAUUAUAGAGCCUAUAAAUAUGCCUAUUGUUUGUCACUCCUAUUCGGGGCCAUGUGUAGCAGGAAUAGCGGAUUGUUUUGGUAUUUUUCUCUGUGUGUGUGUGUGUGUGUGUGUGUUGCUUGGGGGUUACAUUCAGGUUAUUGGGCCCGUUGUUUUUGUCACCGAUUGUCCGGAGUGAUGUGUUAUUGUCUUGUGCCCCGUUUAGGAAGCGGUGGUGAAAAAGCAGCAGCCAAACAGAGACUUCUCCCCCGGUUAGACCACUCCCAUCAUCCGCCGACAGAGGGACGUCCUCAACACUGACUGGACCUCCCGAGCACCAACACUCAAACGCACCACCUCAAAGGUAGAGGACGGCAGAAGUAUUUCCCAGUGCUCCACCUCACUUCGAUGUCCACACAGAAACAUCCUGAGAAACCAGUGUGGCUGUUUGCUGUUGGUCCACCCCGAAAACAAGUUUAACAUAGCAAGAUUAAGAUUUCAUCAGCUGGACCCAGAGAACACCGGUUUCAUCGCAGUGGAGAACUUCACCAGCUUGGUGGAGCACCAUGAGCUGCAGCUGGACCCGUCCAAACUGGACAUGCUGUUAGCCCUGGUCCAGAGUAAUGAAGAGGGACAGGUGUGCUACCAGGAGCUCAUCGAGCUGAUGAGCAGUAAGCGCUCCAGCAGUUUCCGACGGGCCAUCGCCAAUGGCCGCCGCACGCUGCAGAGGGAGAUCCUGCUGGACGAGACGGGGUUGGGUCUGUACAAACGCUUUGUCCGCUAUGUGGCCUACGAGAUCCUGCCCUGCGAGACAGACCGGCGCUGGUACUUCCACCAGAACCGCCUGUGUCCCCCGCCUGUGUUCAUCGCCAUCGUCACUAUCGUACAGAUUAUCGUGUUCAUGUGCUAUGGCAUCAUGCUAAACAAGUGGGUACUGCAGACCUAUCAGCCUGACUUCAUGAAGAGCCCCCUGGUCUACCAUCCCGGCCACCGCGCGCAAGUGUGGCGCUUCUUCAGCUACAUGUUCAUGCACGUUGGUUUGGAGCAGCUGGGGUUCAAUGCGUUACUGCAGCUGAUGAUUGGCGUUCCUUUGGAGAUGGUCCAUGGCAUUUUACGAAUAAGUCUGCUUUACAUGGCGGGAGUGCUGGCCGGCUCGCUGACAGUGUCCAUCACCGACAUGCGGGCUCCAGUGGUGGGGGGCUCCGGGGGGGUCUACGCUCUGUGCUCGGCUCAUCUGGCCAACGUCGUCAUGAACUGGGCCGGGAUGCGCUGUCCAUACAAGCUGCUCCGCAUGAUCCUGGCGCUAGUUUGCAUGAGUUCGGAGGUGGGUCGUGCAGUCUGGCUCCGCUUCUCACCCCCGCUGCCCUCAUCGGGGCCCCAGCCGAGCUUCAUGGCACACCUGUCGGGGGCUGUGGUCGGUAUCAGCAUGGGGCUGCUGAUUCUUCGAAGCUACGAGGAGAGCCUGCAGAAACAGUGCUCCUGGUGGGUCAUCGUCUUCUCCUUCAUCACCUUCCUCCUCUUCGCCAUCUUCUGGAACAUCUUUGCAUAUGAGCUGCUGGGGGUGCAGAUACCUCCUGCUCCCUGAUGAUGGCCCCCCACCCCACCAAUAGGCCCUCCUCCACAUGCACACUGACUCCAAACCCUGUUCCAAACAAAGGUUCCCCUUUGACCAUAGUUAACUUUCCCAUUUCCUCUCAAGUUAGACCCAAAUGAAAUGAUAUGAAAUCAUUCAAAACUAAAAAUCAAUCAAGAAUCUUUUUUUACAGAUACUUUGCAAAUCAAAGAAAAUAUGUCUCUUUUAUUAAAGAGGGAUUACAGUAGCAACAAGUACAGGUGAAAGUUCCUCAGAUCCAUUUUGAGGAGCAUUAUAUCUUUUUAUAUAUACACAUUGAAAUCUCAUCCACAUUACCAGCACUAAUCUUUCAGUGAGCAUUCAACCAUUGUGCUCUUUUUCUUUCAAAGGCUUUUUUGAAAAGCUAUGUCAUCAUUCGUUUCUUUUGAGUGCAUCUUUCAUACAUGUUAAGACCUCAAGUAAGAAGGAUCUGACUUUGCCUCUGGUAUAGGGGAAUAAAAGGGAGGAAAACUGUAGGAGUGUGUGCUGCGGUGACAGUGUCGUCUGUCGUAAAGUUCAGAGAUCAGGAUCAACUGCAGCAACCCCUCUUUAAACUAAGAGGGUUUCAGUGUUUUGUUUAAAGGCACUAGAGCAGGGUAGACGCCUGAAUCUGAGUCCUUUGGCUGUGGCACAAAUCAGAGCCACAGGAGGAGAUUUAAAGAGGACUUUCAGGAAGAGCAUGUUUAUUUCUUUGUAGAAAACUCACAGAAGCACCAGUGAAAUUAGAUUUUUUUCCCCAACCCUGGUGUAACUCACAGGGGUCACUGCAGCUUUUUGCAAAAUUGCUGGCACACUAAGUGAAAAACAAAAAACAGCUAACAGAAGGUUUUCUUCAAAUGAAGCGGCUAAGUAGAUGAUAAAGCAUCCGUCAAAAUUCAUUGUCCCCCCCCCCCUUUCCCAGAGCAGUUGCAGGAAAGAACAGAGGAAAAAGUUUUAAAUGCAAGUUUUAUGUGGAUUCUGUCAUCUUGUAGGAGUACCUUAAAGUCGGAGGCAUUACAGUCAUUUUCACUUGAUGGGGUCUUUAAAAAAAUAAGACGACAUCAGUUUUUUUCUAUAUUAUUUCCAUGACAUUAUACCUACACUGUGGAUACAGAAACAUAGUUCACACAACACUGGACAAGACAUGAAGAUGGGAAAUGAAAGUGACUGCGCGACAGGAGAGGAAAGAAAAAUAAGUUUCUGAGAAAACGACAAGUUUCCCGGAUGGUCGUCACUUAAAUGAGUCAACUCCUCCUGUUGCUGUGUCAAACGCUAACCACCAACUUGCUAGGCGCACCGUGUAAAAUAUGCCAUGUCAUGCUCUGUGGCUCUCGGCGAGACAAGGACACACACAAACACACACAUAUUUCUCCUCUUUGUCUUUGAGAGCAGCCACUGCCUGAUUCUGUAGGUCAAUGUGGACAAACUGAAGAGAAGAAAACCACACACACACACACACACGAACAUACACACGUACUGGCCUCUGCCUGUUCUCGCUCUGACAGACUGAACUGGGGAGGGCGCGGAUGUGUCAUCACCUGACCUCUGACCUUCGUGUCCCAGAGGGCAUUGGGGUCUCUCUGUCAGGCCCAGUCUAUACCUCAGUUUCUCAUUCUUAGGGACUGUAUACUUUUGUAAAGGAAUGUACCUAUAAAGAAAAAAAGAGUGUUAUUAAGUUGUCCCUGUUUUUCAUUUGAUAGUGGAUGUGUAUAUUGUAUGUUCAUAACCAAGAGUAUAUUUAUUUGUA